AUGUCUGAAAAAGAUUCGAAAAACAUGGACGAUAAUAAUCAAAAAGGAAAUCCUGAUCACGAAGAUGCAAAUAUAAUCAAAGUUCCAACGACAGCUGAACGACAAGAAAGAAUUGAGCUUUCAGAUAAUAUACGGCCGAGAUCCCUAUCGUGGCCAGACGUGGGCAUCAAAUGGACACACUCGGACAUGAUGGCAAAGUACAACAGUACUAGCGUGAUGGAUGUGCAUGGAACCAUCGUUUCCGAGCAAAAUGGAAAAGACGUGAGAAUGAAGUCACCUGAGCUGGAUUCUGGAGCAUAUCGGCGCAGGUUGCUCACUUGGGCAGGGAAGACCACGUCCAUUCCGGAACCAAAACUGACGGCGUUCCGAAGUGACUUCCUGGUGUACUAUCUAGAUGAUGCCAAGAUUGCCAAGCCUCACGCGGGAGAGAUCAGGCAACCUCGCAUGAGAUAUCGGCCACCUUGCAUCUGCCGACCUGAGCAGCCCCCCAGUUCUGUUUGUAUGACUAUCGAAGAAGAACAUGCGGAAUACGAAGAGCGCGUCAACUACUGCAAGAUCUGUCUGACCUGGCUGGCGUUCUUUGCGAAGUUGGCUCUGUUCCUGUUGAUCUGGCUACUGCUGUUGUACUGGUUCCUCUCCAGCGCUGGCUUUAUCAACGUAGUACCGUUGCCAGUCGAGUUACCUAAGGAGCUGAACACCUAUAUCGACAAGGAUCAGCAUUUUAAAUUUCUCGUCAUCGAUAACACACAUGAGAGUGUGGAUUUGGAAGUUCAGUACAUGGGUCCCUUCGCUGAUUCCAACGUGUUCUUUAACUGUCAGUACGAACGUUUAUACUACAACCAUAACAAGUUCAACCGUUCGGAUGUGAAAAGACACGAAGCUGAAGAUGUAGAGGUAGAUCACCGGAUCUACGAGGACUCCUACUCCGCUGUGACCACAACCUGGGUAACAACCCGCCUUAGGAAAACGACAGUGGUGAUUAGCACGACGCUCAGUGCGCGCCUCACUCGCUACAAUCUCUCUCGCCACCCCAUGUCGGCGUUUGCCGUGAAGUUUCCAUACAACUUCGUGCCCUGGAACAACGAACGAUACUACAGCUACACGUUUGCGAAUUUCAGAGGUGUUGGGGGUCGUCAUUAUGGCCAUAGACACUAUGCUAAUAAGACUGGUGACGGUGAGCUCAGGGUCAUUUACGGCUUGAAGUACUCUCUCAACAUGAGCACCCAGAGAGAGCUGGAUGCGAAUACGGACUUGGACUCGGUGGCGUUUUCCAUACAAGUGCUGAAGGGCAUCGACCCUCGGUACACGACCACCACGACGACUCCGCCACCACCGAAUGUGGUCAAACCGAAUGACGCUUCCAGAUACAGUCUGAUUCUUCUAGGACUUCUUUUUGCGUUGCUGUUUCUUCAGGCUAACAGAAUGAUGUCGAUAUUCGUAAUAGGGGUGGCUUGCUUGUCGAUUAUUGCCUACUUGGAAGUUAGGCCAGGUCCCGAUACGUUAGUAUCCUGGUUGAAUCUGGACUAUCUGUUUGAACUCAUCUUUGCCAUGAUGUGCAUAGCCGUUGCAACCGAAACUGGAAUCUACGAUCUCAUAUCCGUAUUGUUAUACAAGUUGACAAACGGAUUCUUCAUACUGUUUGCCCCAGCUAUAUGCGCUGGGACGUUUGCUUUAUGUUUAGCUGUGGAUAACGUUGUGGCAAUACUGAUUAUGAAUCCUAUAUGUAUAAGAACUAUGGAGGAAGGCCACUUGAAUCCGACCCCAGUUCUGAUGGCCAUGAUCCUAUAUGCCAACAUAGCCGGUGUUUUGGACCGAGAUUACAGUUACUUCAACUACGCUAUUCACAAGGGUAGGGAGAGAUGGGAGGCCACAGAGGGGGCGUUUGCGGCGACAUCGUACAAUGGGACGAUGAUGCCUGGUGUUGGUAUCUGCUUGUUUCUGACUACAGUCUACCUCGGAGUUAUAUUCUUGUUCUCGCGACCGCAGAAAUAUUAUAACACGCCAGUUGCUGAGAUGAUUCACGAACAACUAUUGCUGCGGAUGGCAGCAUCUAGUAUCCAUAGAACCAGUUGUCAUUGGGACACGGUGAGGCGAGACCUGAUCGAGUGGUUCCAUGAGAUCGAAAGGAAUAGACUUCGGAGACUGGCCGGUGUCGACUACCCGAAACCUGAACCACAGCUGCCUUUUAAAUUUAACAAGAUCACUGACUACACUCUCCUGCUGAAGUUGGGUUGCAUCCUAUUCGUCUUCCUUAUCAUGAUUUACUUCAGGAAAAUCAACAUGUAUGGCUUAGGCGCGGCUCACAUAGGUUGGAUCAUAGUGAUCUCAAUGGGUGUGCUCCUUAUACUGGUGAACCCCUCGGACCUCAACUUGCUGCUGUGGAAGGUGGACUGGAGUACCAUCUGGGUGUUCCUCUGCCUAUUCUUCUUCGAAAAGACUCUACAAACAUUUCUCCUGCAUGACAGAUUUUUUGAUAAAAUGAAGGAGCAUUUCCCGGCAGACACGGUUCCUAAUUAUAUUAAUCAAAUGACGACAAUAGGAGCACAGAGCCUUUUAUGGUUGUCGGCAGUUAUGUCUUGCUUAAUUUCAAACUUUGCCGCCGUAUCCGUGCUCACGAAACUCGGAAUUAUGUUCGGCGAUAUUGUGAUGUUGGAGAGGAUACCCUAUAUGGUGUGGGCUUUGACGUUUGGAGGCAAUGUCGGAGGAUCAGCUACAAUCCUGGGUACUGGUGUGGCCAUAGCGGCGUCGGCAUCAGCUUGGCAGCAGGGCUACCGCAUGGGUGCCUGGCGGUACAUAGUGUUUUGUCUCCCGAUCACCGUUCUCAAUAUGGUCGCUUUAUACCUCUACUUUACCUUGAUGCCUUAUUAG